AGAUUAUGGAUCUCAUAGAGGCUCCCAUUUAACUUUUACAGUAAAAUAAAAAAAAAAAAAGGGAAAAAAGUAAGAAAGGCAAGAUCAAAAGGGAGAUUUCAAAAAUUUUAUUAAAGUUAAUUAUAAUUAUUGCCUCUUGGUCUGCCAAACACCUCAAAAAUACUUUGUUCAUUUACAAAACUAUAAAGGCACUAGGGUAUAAUUCUCUAUAUCUGAGAGUUUUAAUCACCUUUCAAAAAAAAAAAAAAGUGGGACUUUCAAAUAUAACGGCUAUUUCCACCUUUUUCUAAAUUUUAAAUUUGAAAACCAUAAAGAAAAGCCUAACCGAAGGCCAGAGCCAAACGCGACCCUCUGAUAACUUUACAUUUAAGUUGCAGAGACCCCUCUCUCUUUUCAUUUAAACCCUUCAAGCUCUCAACGUCUUCAGCCAUCAUCAACCUCAAUGCCCUUCCUCAGACAAAGAAUUUGAGGCACUCCAAUUCUUCAAGAUCUCUUCUUGAAGAUUCAAUUUCCAGAGAAUCACAACUCUAGACUCCCCAAAACCAAUCAUCAAUCUUUUUUCCCCCGAUUCAAUUCGUGGUGGGUCUUGAAUCGUUGCAAAGAUGAAUGAUCUCAUGACAAAAUCGUUUCUCAGUUACGUCGAAUUGAAGAAACAGGCCAUGAAAGACCUCGAAGCAGGGCCAGACAUCGAGAUGGGGCAACUCGACCCUGCUGAUGAAAACAACCUCUCAGAGUUCUUCGAAGAAGUGGCCAUGGUCAAGACCGACAUGGAACAGAUCACCAACCUGCUUCUUGAUCUUCAAGACCUCAACAAAGAGACCAAAUCUACUCACAGCGCUAAAGUUCUUCGAGGCGUCAGAGAUCGAAUCAACUCCGACAUGGUCACUGUUCUUCGAAAGGCAAAGAUCAUCAAGACAAGAUUAGAAUCACUCGAUAAAUCUAAUGUGGCGAAUCGUAGUUUGUCUGCUGCAUACAAAGAGGGAAGCCCAGUUGAUAGAACAAGAAUUUCGGUCACUAAUGGUUUGAGAGUGAAACUCAGAGAUAUAAUGAAUGAUUUUCAGUCCUUGAGAGAAAAGAUUGUUACAGAGCACAAAGAGGGUCUUAAGAGGAGGUAUUACAAUGCCACAGGCCAAGAACCGAGUGAUGAAGUGAUCGAAAAGAUGGUUUCUGGAGGUGGGCAAGUUGGGAUUUUUGAAGGGAAGACAGAUUUGGGAAUGGAGAAUCAGGAAAGGCACGAAGCUCUGAAGGAGAUACAGAGGAGCUUGACUGAGCUCCACCAAGUCUUUCUUGAUAUGGCUGUGAUGGUUGAGACACAAGGUGAACAGAUUAACAAUAUUGAGCAGAAUGUGGUUAAUGCCGGGGCUUAUGUCAGUGGCGGCGCAAAGGAACUCAUUCAAGCUAAAAAGAUGCAGAAGAGGAGGACUUGCGCUUAUUGGAUUGGGGCUGUGAUUCUGAUACUAUUAUUGGUAUUCCUCAUUUCAAUUCUAACUUGAAGUUUUGAAGAUUAUAACUUGGUUUUACAUUGCUUUGUUUGUGUUGAGGUGGUUUGGUCUUCAAGUAGACAUGUUUUGAGCUUUUUGUCAUGAAGAGGCUUUAUUGUUUGAGGGAAAUUUUCAUUGUACGUGUCAUUUUGAGGGAAAUGUGUUUGAUGAUAUCUGUUCAUCAUUCACUGCAUUUCUGCAGUUUGAGCUUUUGUGCAAUUAGGAGGAUUGAGAUUUAAAGAAUGUAAAGUUGGUUUUGUUUCUCUUCCUUCUGAUACAUGAAUUCAGCUUUAAGUUUGUGAUAUCCAAUAUAUGUAAAAGGGUUUGUUUUUGGUAUUUGUUGUUUUUCUUUUGUUCAAGUUCGCAUUUCAGAUUG